ACGAGACGCCCAUCACGGGGGGCCAGCUGCAGGGCAUUCCCUAUCCGCGUGCUCGGUCGGAAAUGGCCCUCUUUUCCCUUUCCUCUAUUGGACUGAGCCGCUGUCAGUCGAUUUCCCUCACGCUCAACACCGUCCGCCUCUCCGGUUCUCUGUCUGCUGAGACCGCCGUCAUAUUGGCUGCUAGGAGCAGCAGCGAUCACGGCAGAGAAGAAGACCCCCACCAUGAUGAAGAACGGGUUGUCGCGGCGCUUAAAGAAUAAUUUAGCUUUUUAAUAAUUUUGAUUAGUAUUUAACGAAUGAAUUUGAAAAUAUUCGGGAUGAUACCAUCAAGUAUCCGCGUACGUUUAGUGCUUUCAUCCGACACCGUGGUCCGCAAGGGGGAUGUAUGCCUGACUUCUCUUAAUAGCCAUUUUUUGCAGACAAAGAGAGCUGUUGAAUAGGGCUUUCAAAAGGCACACGGUUAAAUCGUUUAUCAUCCCAUCCCUAAUUGCAGCCAACUGAAUACCCCUUCCCUCACCUCUCCCUACGGUGGCCUUCAGGUCCCAGGGGCUCCUAUUGAUGAAGAAAGUGGGCAACAUGUGGAGCAACCUGAAGAGCAAAUGCCAGACACUCUUUCACAACAGCAGUUCAGGACCCAGUGAAAGCAGGGUUGAGGCCGAUGCCGUCCACUGUGUGGUGGAUAUUGGCCAAGGCAGCUCAGGUGAACCUCAGGCAUCAGGAGCCUCUAGUCCAACUCGGAGCCUUCUGCCAGUGCCAAUGGUAACAGCAGGACGCCGCCAUCAUAACUGUGUGUCGGAUAUCCCACAGAUUGUAGAGAUUACAAUUGACAAGGACACUGAGGAUGUGCGGGGGGGAUCAGGUGGUGUUCCCCUGGCCCGGAGAGACUCCUAUUCUCGUCAUGCUCCUUGGGGGGGCAAGAAAAAACACUCAUGUUCCACUAAAACCCAGAGCUCUCUGGAAGCAGAUAGGCGGUCUGGGCGCUUACGGGGGAGUGGGAACCGUAGGGACAGGCGCUAUGGAGUCAGCUCCAUCCAGGAGAUGAGUGACUCUGUAUCUGGAGGACGCAGUCUGAAUGCUCGGUCUUUGCGCCAGCGGCUAAGUGAUACAGUAGGGCUGUGCUUACCCCUGCCCGCUCGCAGACGCACCCGCUCAUCUAAGAACCCGGUCACCUCCAAACGUAAGAUUCACCUGACAGAGCUCAUGCUGGAGACCUGCCCCUUCCCACCAGGCUCAGACCUUGCUCACAAGUGGCACUUGAUCAAGCAACACACAGCACCGGUCAGCCCGCAUUCCUCCACUGCCCUGCUGGAUGCCUUUGACCCGGCCCACCCCUCUCCUGAGGAUGAGGAGGAACGUCUGCGUGAGCGUCGCAGACUAAGCAUCGAGGAAGGUGUGGACCCACCACCUAAUGCACAGAUCCACACCCUGGAGGCCUCAGUGCCGGGCUCCUCUCUCUACAAACUGGGACCAAAGAUGGCUCCCGGCAUGGGAGAGGCCUCUGGGGAUGGCCGGGCCUCAGGCGCUGGCAGCUCUGUGGGUGCUGGAUUAUCAGGGGCCUGUGCGCAGGUGUUGGGGGCUGCAGCAUCAGCUCAGGACUGUGACUCUGAGGAGGAUUCGACCACCCUCUGUCUGCAGGCCAGGAGGCCCAAGCAGAGGCACGCCUCUGGGGACGGUCACCUGAGCAGGCAGCAACCUGGGCCCUGGAAGGUUCACACCCAGAUAGACUACAUCCACUGCCUGGUGCCAGACCUAUUGCAGAUCACAGCUCUGCCCUGCUACUGGGGCGUGAUGGACCGCUAUGAGGCUGAGGCACUGCUGGAUGGGCGGCCAGAGGGCACCUUCCUGCUCCGUGACUCAGCCCAGGAGGACUACCUCUUCUCUGUUAGCUUCCGCCGUUACAACCGCUCACUGCACGCCCGCAUUGAGCAGUGGAACCACAACUUCAGCUUUGACGCUCAUGACCCUUGUGUUUUCCACUCUUCCACCGUGACAGGACUGCUGGAGCACUACAAGGAUCCCAGCGCCUGCAUGUUUUUUGAACCGCUGCUUACGGCGCCUCUCCAUCGGACCUUUCCCUUCGGCCUGCAGCACCUGGCACGAGCCGCCAUCUGCCGCUGGACCACUUACGAUGGUAUAGGCUCUCUGCCGCUGCCCCCUGCCUUGCAGGACUUCCUCAAGGAGUAUCACUAUAAACAGAAAGUACGAGUUCGCUGGCUGGAGAGGGAACCGCCACUCAAGGUCAAAUAGGGUGGGCUUCUCCAUUGCCUGUACACACACUGCAGGAGGAUUACAGAACUUAAGAAAUUCCUCAUUAGCCAGUUAGAGGCUAUAUUGACAUGGCUCUCUGUCUGGUGGGGGAUGGAAUUUAAAUGUAACAAGCUAUACAAGAUUCAUUCUAAUCUUUGUUUUAGUUAUUACUUACAUCACAGAAAAUACAUAUGAUUAUAUUCAGUAUAACGCUGUCUGGCAAGCACAUGUUUUUGUGUUGAACAGGUUGUUUUGACAGGGAGGGAAGGCACAAAUAUCAGUGCUUUGUGUCUUUUCUCUCCUGCUUUGUGCUAAAUGUCUGCCUGAUCCCACAACAUCACCCUGCCUGUAGACCUGCCUGCAUGCCUCCCUUAUUCAUCCCAAAUUGCUAUUUAGGCCCACAUGGCUACAUUGUACAGUUCACUUAGUGCUUUCUCUAUUUUUUUUCUUCCUUAGCUUGUCAAAGCACCUAGUGGAGCACCUUCCCAAGAGGGUUUUAAUAUGUGUGUGGGUUGAGAGGGCAUCUGGAGAUGCUAUUGUUAUAUUGCAGUCAGAGCUUGUCCCAUGGAUUGAGCUACAUAAGGCACAUUCUUUGCCAUCUCUUUGCACGCAAGAGCAUCAGCUAAGCCAGGGACAGAUUCUGAGAGGGUCCAUAGAGUUCAGGACAGCACAUCAGGGAAAUGAAGUGCUUUCUAAGGACCAUUGUUACAGUUGUCACAGCAGUCAGUUAGUUCUUCAUUGGCCAUAGACUCUUGAGCUAAUUGCACACUUUUGUGCAUGUAUGCACACAGCUCAUUACACCCUGUAUGAAAUUAAGCUACUAGGGUAACAUUUUGAACAGUCUAGUGUCUUUAUGGAAUUCUGUUAUGAUUUUAUGUUUAGUUUUACACCUGCUUCCUUCAGUUAGCAUCUUUUGGUGGCAUCUAGCACACAGAAAGCUUCAGCCCUGCAUAUCCUGGUUGGUUAUUUUUCUUAAACAGACUCUUGUAACAUUGAAGCAGAUAGCUUUGCACUUUGGUUACUGUAAGGGAAGCUAACAAGUCUUCUCAAAGGAAUUGUGGGCAUGUAUGACAAGCUGUAGGUGAAGACAAAAGCUGAAAAUUCAAAAUGCCAGCGCCCCUUUAAACAUGACAAGGCUGGAUUCUAAAUGGGCAGGAGAGCUAGCCUCUAAUGAUACUUCAAAGACUUAACAAGAAUCUGCUUGUUAAAAUUGUAAAUGGCAACUCACAGGAUUAGAUUACCGUACCCUUUUCCUCCAUAAUUUAGAUUUCUUUCAAAAAAUCAUGUCAAAAUGUGAUGAGCUGUUUUUAAGAAAAGCAUUAUGUCACCAUCAGGAAAGACGUGAUAUAGCCUUUUCUUUGGUGUUGAUGUCGUCCAUCUUACAACUAUAUAACUAUAAGGUCUCAACCCCAAGAUAUCCCCUCAUUGCCUGGUUGCAUUUAUAGUCAUAGUGAAAGCAUUGAGUGCAGGCAACACUCAACUCUCGAGAGGUUGGCAUAUCUUUGAGAGCUUUAGUUAUGUAAUCUCAAUGAUUUCAGUUUUGUUGCAUGGGACAAAAGCACUGCUGGCUAGCCGGUCAUUUCUGUUUUGUUCUCAUUGUGAAGAGAAAAUAAGUGUAACCUAUGUGCCUUUUUAUAGAAAUUGUUCCAUAAUCAGUUGCUUUGUAGUCCAAACCUGCAACAGGAGGUGCUUCAACACAGUCCACUUAGACACCAUCAAAUGAGACUAAAGAGGAUAAUAACACAGAGGUGCAUGAGCUGUAAGCUCUCUUACUCAUGGUGCACGUUAAAAUUUUUCUAACGGAUAAAAUUUCAAUGGUGCUAUGUUGGUUAAGCUAUGACAGAUUAUUGAAGUGAUGAGUUGUUAGUUACAUCUGUUCUCACUCACUAAUGCAUGCAUUAGUCUCUCGCCACAUUAUGGCCUGUAUGAUAGUAUUAGGUUGUUAGUGGGUCCAAUGCCAGCCCUACUGUAGCAUAUUUCAGUUAAAUAUAUUGAUGUCCAGCCCUCACAUGUCUGGGUUGUAGUCUGCAGCUUGACAUACAGAUCCUAAUGAGAGGGCAUGAAGGUUAACUCUUUACAGUGAGAGUUUUGAUCCAUCCUCCAAUGGCAUUGCCCCAAGUUGGACAUCAGCAGCAGUGUAUAAUCUAACUCAUCAGCAACAGCGUUUGUUCUAUCUCUUAGUAAUAAUACACAUUACCUGACUUUAAAAAGAAAAAGAAAAAAAAGGACUGGAAAGUAUGUGAUGAAAACCGAGCCGAUAAUGUGUAAAACUAAAAUAAGCUGAAACACACAAGAUCAUGAUCAGUGGAAAGCUUAAUUUAUAAAGGUGUCAAACUAGUUCAUAUUUUAGUUAGUGUGCAUGUGCGCUCAUGUGUCUGUCAGCCCACACAUGUGUUAAAGGUUAUUGUAAUUCUCAUUAGUAAGGAUGACUCAUGAACAAAUGUCAGUGUGUUUCUUUGCCCCUGAAUAUCUGAGCCUGUGACCAAAGCUCUUGUACACACCUAUGUGUAAUAACUAGUAGGCUAAAGCUUGUUUAUGUGCUCAAUGGUGUUAGAAUUAUGCUAAAUUAUAUUUUCGAUAUACAAACUAGUGAAAGCUAGUUCCAUACUACAGUAUGUUAGACUGCUCUUCUUUGUUAAUAUAUUCUUGGGGUGAACAUGGCCCUGUCGAGCUCACACCUACACCCUGAAAUUUAACGCUGAACACCCUCUCUCUGCCAAACUAUUAUCAUAUUUUCACUUAUUCAUCAGGCAGGAAACAA